AUGCCAGCCUCGAAUCCCCCGAAAUCACCGACACCUGGUUUUCUGCACUCGGCUCUUAUUUCUUCUAGUGCCAGCUUCCCCUUCCAUGGAGGGCCAACUCUGAGUCUGCAGCUUCUGACUUCUCCGGCUUCGGCCACGCUGGAGCUGAGGAAUGUGAACAGUUUGCUUUACACAGCGGACCUGGACAUAGGGGUUGCUGGACGAUCGGCUCGGGUCGUGGUGGACACUGGUUCUGCUGACUUUUGGCUGAAGCCGAACCUGCUGGUGGAGGAAGUGCAUGGGCAGAAGCUUGUCAGCGCCUCGCCCCGGCGACAGGACGUUCAUGGACAGCUGCUCGUACCAGAGUAUUUGAUCCGAUACGGACUCGGUGAGGUCAUCGCGAUCCCCAUCGUCGAAGAGCGGGUUUGCGCUGGGUCCCUGUGCCUGGAGCAGCUGGAGCUCAUGCUUGCGCUAAAGAUUCAGGGCGUCCAGGAGCAGGGGGCCUUUGACGGAUUGGCAGGGCUGGCUUUCCCACCGCUGCAGCAAGCACCGACGAACCAGACCCUCCUCCAAGCUUUACAGCUCCGAAGCGGCUGCGCGCACUUUGGCUUCUCCCUUUCGCUGCGCGGCGAAGGCGGCCAGAGCCUCCUCAGUCUGGGCGAAGUGAAAGAUCUCGUGAAGGCGAUGGAGAAAGCGGAGGGCGGCAGCAGCAUCCCCGUCAAGGUCGUGAGUAGAGACCAGGACACGGAGCCUGGCUACUGGAUGGUGGAGGUGAAAAUGUCGGUCUUCAACGGCAAGAAUCAGCUGCUUCUGGCGAAAGGAAAGGGCCUCCUGGAUUCCGGCAGCUCUUUCCUGGCCGUGCCUGAGGGCUUGGUGGGCUACGUUGUCAUGGCGCUUACCUACGGCCAUGGAGGGCUUCCCAGCCUCGCAGUGGAUGAAUCACAGAGGCUGCUGUGCAGGUGCGACGCCGGACUGAACGACCUCGUCUUCGAGCUUCCUGGCGAAGAUGGGAGAACCUUGAGGGUGAAUCUCACCCAGGACGAGUUGCUGGAGCCUCCGACGAUCAUCGGCGACCCCCUCCUUCGCAAGGUCUCCGUGGUCUUCGACGUCGACGGCGCCAGGGUGCACGUGCUGCCCGUCGGAGACAAGAGGGGAGCUGCAUUGGUGGCAGAGGGCCUGGCCGCCGGCCCUCCGCACGAGCUCGCGCUGCUCGGGCUUGUCUGCCUGCUGAGUACGGCCCUGGCUGCGACCUGCGCCUGGCGGUGCUGGUGGCAGGGCCCGGGAGAAACCGGGCACUACCAGUACCUGGCCAUGUAG